AUGGUCAAAGCUGUUGUUCUUGGUGCCUCUGGUGGCAUUGGCCAGCCUCUCUCUCUCCUCCUGAAGGCUUGCCCUCUAGUUGACGAGCUCGCCCUGUACGAUGUUGUUAACACUCCGGGUGUCGCUGCCGACCUUUCUCACAUCUCCUCGGUUGCUAAAACCACCGGCUACCUCCCCAAGGAUGAUGGCCUGAAGCACGCCCUGACUGGUGCCGAUAUCGUGGUUAUCCCGGCCGGCAUCCCCCGCAAGCCUGGUAUGACCCGUGACGACCUUUUCAAAAUCAACGCCGGUAUCGUACGCGACCUGGCCAAGGGUAUUGCCGAGUUCAGCCCCAAGGCUUUCACCCUCGUCAUCUCUAACCCUGUCAACUCCACCGUUCCCAUUGCCGCCGAGGUCCUCAAGGCCGCCGGCGUUUUUGACCCUAAGCGUUUGUUCGGUGUGACCACCCUGGAUGUCGUCCGUGCCGAAACCUUCACCCAGGAGUUCUCCGGCCAGAAGGACCCCUCCAAGGCUACCGUCCCCGUCAUCGGUGGCCAUUCCGGCGAGACCAUCGUCCCCCUCUUCAGCAAGGUCUCUCCUAACUUCCAAAUCCCCGCUGACCGAUAUGAUGCUCUCGUUAACCGCGUUCAAUUUGGUGGUGAUGAGGUCGUCAAGGCCAAGGAUGGUGCUGGAUCUGCUACUCUGUCUAUGGCCUAUGCCGGUUUCAGAUUCGCCGAGUCCGUUAUCAAGGCCGCCAAGGGCGAGAAGGGCAUCGUCGAGCCCACUUUCGUCUACCUGCCCGGUGUUACUGGCGGCGAUGAGAUCGCCAAGGCUACCGGCGUUGAAUUCUUCUCUACUCCCGUGGAGCUCGGCCCCAAUGGAGCAGAGAGAGCCAUUAACAUCCUUGGCGGUGUGACCGAAAAGGAGCAGAAGCUCCUCGAGGCUUGUAUCAAGGGCCUUAAGGGCAACAUUGAGAAGGGCGUCGAGUUCAUCAAGAACCCCCCACCAAAGUAA